AUGACGGGAUUCCUUUCGGAACAAAACCACCACCACGUCCUGUGGUCUCACUCGGACUUUGGUGUAACUUCGGUGAGCGAUACAGGCCCGCCAGAGCUGCAUGAGCUCACGUCUAAUGAUCUGUCCAAAUUUUUGGAUGAAGACCUCGAGUCGAACAGCAACGCAAAUGCAUUUUGUGAUCUUGACUCUAUUCUCGAUGAUCUCGAUGAGGUGGCAGACACACACCUUCUGUUGACCAAUCCGGAGAAGCUGCUAAACAAUGGCAAUGGCCUCGGUGGUGACGGUCUUCAGUUGGUGGCCAUGUCACCGAACGGCCUCACUACUGGUCUCUCCGCAAACAGUCCCUCGUCGAUGUGUCCCUCGCUGAUGGCGCCCAACUCCAGCUCGACCAGUUCGAGUCCUUCAAACGGAAACGGCACCUUGAUAUCGUCCACCAUUGACUUUGGUUGUGAUAUCACCACCGGCCCUAAUGGCCUGUUCGGCAGUGGACCGGUGAGCAAUGGCAUCUCCAACUCUACACGCACAAGUCCGACCAGUUUCGACGAUCUGCCGGGCAUCACAACCAUUGGCUCCAGUGGUGAUUCCUCUAAUGACUGCGUCUCACCGACUCCCUCUACCACCCCAAGCACCAUCAUUCACCACAACCAUAUGAACAUUUCCUCCAACCAACAGCAGCAACAACAACAGCAGCAACAGCAGCACAUUUCAAUUCUUGCCGGCAAUGGGGGAAGCAACCAGAAAAACUCCCUUCUCCGAGGACAGCCGCAACCUCAGAUAGUACUGCAUCACACAAACUCGGGUAGCUCCACCAAUGGCUUUGUGCCGAUGCAUGCUAAUAAUGGUGGGCCCAACUCGCCGUCCAUUGGAAUGCGUACCAAUCCUAACUUGCCUCAUCCACCACCACCGCAAUCAGCGCCGCAGCAACAGCAACAGCAGCAACAACAACAUCGUCAGCUGCAAUCUCGUGGUAACGCUUCUCAGUCCUCACGACAGUCUGCAGCCAGCACCUCACCGAACGGUAGUUUGCAAUCAAAGAGCUCUCAGUUGCAUGCUCUUCGCGCCCAAACUGCGACUCCCACUCCGCAACCUGACUCUACCACACCGACGCCCUCCUCGUGCACCUCCCAGAAGCCGCAAUCGGGCUCCAUUCUGCAGAACGCCCUUCUUGCUGGUCACCCUAAUCAACAACAGCGAGCGCAGCAGACUCAGCAGCAGCAGCAGCAGUUGCCAGGCAGUGACCAGUCUUUGCUAAGUCAGCCUCAGGCGUCUCGUCAGGGGCCCGGCAACGGCGGCACUGGAAACAACGGCAAACAAGUGCAGUCUCAGCAAUCGCACCAUCUCCACCACCGGAGUCUCUUCAACGGCAACCAGCACAACUUUGUCAACAGCAAGAGCGACUCAUCCUUAUCAG